AUGGGCGAGCUAGCAAGUGACAACUUCCUACGUGCCGUCAAUGUGUAUAAGGGCAUUCCAUUCGCAACACCACCAAUCGGCGAUCUGAGAUGGACAGCUCCUACCUCGCCAUCCAACUGGACUGGAGUCCUCAACGCAACAUCUUUCGGGGCUGAUUGCGCGCAAAGUUAUUCAGCUCUUGGACUCUUCUCUUCCGGCAGCGAAGACAUCUCAGAGGAUUGUCUGUACAUGAAUAUCUGGGCUCCUGCAAAUGCUACAUCGACUUCAAACCUUCUAGUCUAUGUCUGGAUCUACGGUGGGCGUUUCGAGGGUGGUGCUGGUAGUGUACCAACUUAUGAUGGGUCUCAUCUUGCGUCAAAGGAUAUCGUGGUUGUUAACUUCAAUUACCGGAUGGGUCCUUUUGGUUUCCUAGCUCAUCCUGAGCUUGAUGAGGAAUCUGGACACAAUGCUUCGGGAAACUAUGGUCUUCUUGAUCAGAUUCAGGCUCUCGCCUUCGUGCGAGAGGAGAUAGCUGCCUUUGGUGGUAAUGGAAGCCACAUUACCGUUGGUGGACAGUCAGCCGGAUCUGCCAGUGCUCUGGACAUGAUGUACAGUCCUCUCUCCAGCGACAAGAUCGUAGCAACCAUCGCAGAGAGCGGAGCCCGUGGUCCACACGACCCCGAAACCUACGGUCUAGCCACCGCUCACCGAUCCAAAGCAGCAGUUUUAGCAGCCGGUGUCUCAUUCCUGGCCGAAAUGAACGUCACCAGCAUCGCCGAGCUCCGCAACGUCUCCAUGGCCGACCUUCUGAUCUACGGCAACGCAGCCGACAAUGUCCUCACCGGCACCGUCUUCGAAAACAGCACUGAAGUCACCAACCCCCCAGCCUGGCGCCCUGUCAUCGACGGCUACGUCCUCCCCUACCUCUACGGCGAAUCGCUUAGCCUAAACGCCCACGGCGACAUCCCCAUCUUCACAGGCGACAACCGCGGCGAAACAUCCGCAACGACAUUCACCUCCCUCGCCGCCUACCAAUCCGUCUACGAAGAAAUCCUGCUCGGCAACCUCUCCGCCUCUUUCUUCGCCUCGUACCCCGCGACCGACGCCGCGACUGCUGGCAACCAAAGCUUCGCCUUCUGGGACGACAUCAACCGCGUCUCGACGUGGGACUGGGCGCAAGCCUGGUCCGGCGGCGGCGCUACCCAGGACGUCUUCCUCUACUACUGGACGCACGCGCCGCCUAACCAGACUGCUGGUGCUUACCACGGCUCCGAGCUCUGGUACGUGUUUGGCAACCUGCCGACGUACUAUAACUACACGUGGACGGCGCAGGAUGAGUUUCUGCAGCAGCAGAUGGGCGAGUAUUGGGUGAAUUUCAUUAAUACGGGGGAUCCGAAUGGGCGGAAUUUGACGAGCUUUCCGGCAGCGAGUGAGGUGAGGCAGGUUAUGUGGUUGGGGGAUUCUACGGGGGCGAGUUAUUUGACGAAUGGGACGGGGAGGUUUGAUGUUAUUCAGGAGUUUUUUUCGCAGCAGAUUGAGUUUUAAGGGGUGGUUGGAAAGACUUUGCGUGGUUGAGG